CUAGUCAAUAAAGCGGCUCUGGGCGGGAGUUCGUGGUGCGGUUUGGCCGAGAGAGUGAAGCUCAACUCCGGACACAAAUAGACGGGGAGGGAAGAGGCGUGUGGCUCCGUUCCUUAUCAUAAUCGCAGUUUAACUAGCACGUACAGUUAUAAUUAGUCGCAUUUUUCGCACUGAGACUUAAGCCGUUUUGAAGAAUAACACACAUUCACUCUCGUGUCGUUACCAUCUCGACAACAAACGUUAGCCAGUCACUUAAACAUCACUAAACAGACCUUUAAAGUUCACUAUCAGGCCUGAUAUCGAGGAGCUGGUGGUAUUUAGGGGCUGUUGAAGGUUUUGUGGUGGUUUGGAAGUUUCCUGCGCGGAUUUGUGGAUUUGUUUUCUAAGUUUUGUCCGUGGAAGUCAGACGUUCGGGCCGCAAACAGUCUCCCGUGCGCGGAGAGCAGAAACAGUUCCCUGGUGGUCUGGAGAGCUCUGCGUUCGGAGCUAGAACCUGGACAGCUCAUGACUUCAGACCAGGAAGGAAAAACUAUCGUGGAGCCACAGGUGCAGCAGUCACAGGAAGCAAAGGAGAAAGAGAUUCCCCUUUUGGAAUCCUCCAAGAUCUCAGACCUCAAUCCCAAUGCGAAGGCAUGGGCCAAUUACAUGCCUAAACCGGAGGCCUCUGCUCCAACCUGCCCAGAUUCUCAGCAGUCAUGGGUAGAAGCGGCCGAUGACCCAUCAAACUGCAUCUCAGGAGGUUAUAACAACAGUGAAGACAAAGGGAACUGGAAUGAGGAACAGCAGGUAUCUACAUCUGUAGAGCUGCCCUUUGCAGCACAGCCAGAAUCAGUGUACAUGGGAAGCUCAGCCAGUGAGAAGGGCAUAGUGUCAAACCAGAACAUCAGUAUGAAAGGGGUGGAUGAUUCAGAUUCCUCCAGACAGCUUGAAGACCUUCGGGAACAGUUGAAGGCAACACUGGAGUUCUGCCUCUCUAGGGAGAAUCUAGCCAACGACAUGUACCUCAUCUCGCAAAUGGACAGUGACCAGUAUGUGCCAAUAGUGACUUUGGCAAACCUUGAUCAAAUCAAGAAACUCACCACUGAUGUGGAUCUCAUUGCAGACAUCUUAAAAACGCUGCCUCUCGUCCAAGUGGACAAAUGUGGAGAGAAAGUGCGGCCCAAUCAGAACCGCUGCAUUGUAAUUCUCAGAGAGGUUCCCGAGGCCACUCCUCUGGAGGAAGUUGAAGCGCUCUUUAAGAGCGAUAACUUGCCCAAAUUCAUCAAUUGUGAGUUUGCCUACAAUGACAACUGGUUCAUCACCUUUGAAUCUGAGGCAGAUGCUCAGCUGGCAUAUCAGUAUCUCAGAGAAGAGGUGAAAACUUUUCAAGGGAAGCCGAUAAAGGCUAGAAUAAAGGCCAAGGCCAUUGCUGUCAAUACCUUUGUGCCAAAGAAUGGGUAUCGGCCAGUGGAUGUGUCCUCAAAUGUCCAGCAGCGCUACACACCUUACUACAUCCCACCUGUGUAUGGAGCACAGCAACAGUUUCCUCUUUACAGACUGGUGACGCCUCAGGGCUGGUCAGCUACACAGAGCUACCUGGACCCGGCUCUGGUUACUCCAUUUCCCAGCCCUGCGUUCAUUAAUGGCUUUGCUGGUUCUCCGACAUUUAAAUCAGCAACAUCGCCACUAACUAUGCGACCAUAUGCACCUCGAAACAGGAACCACAACAAAACACACAUUCGACUCGCAACAGAACGUGGAACCACUCUGCUGGAAAACCCUGCUGCUUUCUCUACUUUCCCUUCGGAGAGAGUUCCCAAUGGGACGCGUCCUCCACAGGCUCAUCACCUGGGUAGCCGACCUCGACUACCCAGCGGUCCGGGCUAUCCGCGCCGGGACCAGGUUGGAAGUGGACGAAUGGAAGUGAACGGAGCCGAUUACUCUCUGAACGCAGGCCGUGGAAGAAGGGGCGGCUAUGGAUACAGGAAAAGAAGAGAUGACAACAAGUUUCCAAGAGCAGCAACACAGUCGCCCCCUCCUGUUCAGGAGCGCACUCCGUCCCCCAGCUUUGAGCUGGGUCUGUCCAGCUUCCCUCCUCUGCCUGGAGCCGCUGGAAACCUAAAGCCUGAAGUAAAAACUGAAAACAGCCUUGACAGCCGACUGUCUGACAUUGUCACCGGAGCAGUAAAAGACAAGCCUCUAAAUAAGGAUGUGGUCACCAGCCGUGUGAUCUCAGGGACCCCCAAAGAAUCUGUGCAGGCUGCUCCCGCUCCUGCUCCUGCUGCUCAGACCCCAGUGGACCACCAACACUCACCCUCUCCAGCCGUUACAAACCUGACAACUGUAGAAAAACCUAAAGAGACGCAGACACCUGCAGAGAAAUGCUCAGAGACACCCGCUGCUAAAACCGCACCACUGAGCAAUCCAAUAUCGGAGCCCAGGAAGCCAAGCUACGCAGAGAUCUGUCAGAGGAUAAGGGAGGCACCAACACAGCAGCCAUCAGCAGAUCCCCGGCCUCUCAGCUCCACCGCUGAAGACAUCAAGACUUCUGACUCGGCAGAACGCAAAUGCAGAGAAUCAGUGCCCGCACCUGCCAAAUCUGCAGCGACGACUUGUCCCAGAGAGACAGUGAAACCUCAUCAGAGCACCGGAGAACGAGCGAGCGGCGGCACGACAGCUUCCUUCCACCAAUCCUGAGGGCCUCGGCUUUUCUUCCAGGACCGAACGGGAAUGAAAACUUUGUCAGGGCUGCUCAAAAAAAAAAAAAAAAAAAAAGAAAAAAAAGUCCCUCUUAUCUCACGGUCUCUGUGAGCACACACACAGACAGACAGCUUGUCACUGGAAUCAGGGCCUACAGACAAAAGCACUUGUGCAUAAGGGUUCUCUGAAUAUUUUUGUUGUCCUUUCUGUCGUUUUGUUUUUCGAUUACAAAAUCUUUUGUUGUUUUCCAAGGAAAAUGGGAUUAAUGAACCAGCAUCAGUUGGAGAUUAACUAUUUAAAAACAUUUGUCAGAGCUCACCUUUAUUUUGGGGUUAAAGCUUCAAGUAGUGCUGUUGGGAGGAAAUACUGAUUUUUGGAUAGUGCUGAUCCUGAAACACUUUAUUUUUGUGUGUUUUCUUUCCUUUUUUAAACUGAUAUGUAUAUAAUUUUGCUAACUUUGAGUGUCUUGGAGCCGACGCGAUUCCGAAUCUCGACGGCUCCAGCCAUUACAACUGCAUGAGUGAGACUUUCGUGUAAAUCUGUUUUGUUCCGUUUUUAUGUUUGGAUGUUCCAGCACUGGAGUGACUUUUUUUGUUUUUGUUUGUUUUUUGAGCUCUGAAUUAUUUUUUUACAUGCUAAUCCUCUAUCAAAUUGUACUGAUGUGAUAUUGUAGCAGGUGUAUGUAUACCUGUUCUUGUGUGCAUGCUUUCUUUUACGUUUUCUUCUUUUCUUUUUAACCUUUUAAUGGCACACAUUGGUUUGCUGGAUCAUUUCUUUUCUGUUUUUCCCUACUCGCCAAUAGAUUGGGAAGAAUCCGCUCUGAUGCCUCUUCAUUCGAUUCUGGAAGAUCUUCACACUGCAAAGUCCUCAGGUUGUGAGGGUGAAGUGUUCAUGUGCCUAGUCUGCUGUGAUCUCAAUGAUAGAUGGCUAUAUUAUUUGCUUCUUCGCUCCGUUUGUUAUCCCAGUGUGGUGCUAUGGUUCGUCACCUGGUUACUUUGGUGCUUUUAUCUAUAGAAACGAAGGGAAAGACACUGACAUGCACCAACGUCUAUCGUAUGACCUUCACCGAUUCGCUUUCAUAUCACCACAAAUAUACGAGUGGGAUUGUGUACAUUUUAUAUAGUGACGUAUACAUCAAGAGCAAAAAGAUCUGAGCCUUCAGCACACAUGGACCAGCGCUGUUUUGUGGGGUUUCUCCUUUAUGCAGACUUUGCGUUUCAGUGUCACUCUCGGUCAUGCUGUUCAUUAGUUAAGUUCAUUGGUUCUCAUUGGAGUUUGAAAUCGUCUUGGGCCGAGCGAGACAGUCCAUUUUUUUUUUUGUUUUGAUGUCUUCCUGCAGCGUGGAACACGUGCAGAAUGCUUUGAGAUGUUCGUCAUGGCGUAUGUUGUUUAUAUUCUCUUGUAUUUUCCCUGUGAGUAUUUUUUUUUUUUUCCUCGGUUAAUCAAAAAAAAGAAGUUUUUGUUGAUUCUUUUUCUGACUUUAUGAAUGCAACUGAUCAUUUUUCCAUCAAUAAAUGAAGCAUACCAUGGGUAAGUAAUGAAGGUUUCAUUACAUGAACCUUUAAGAUGUUCAAAAAAAGAAACAAAUUAAAAAUAAACAUCACACAUAAAUUAACAGUGUUUGAAAACUUGAAUUUUAUUUAAACUUGAAAAAAAUGUCUCUGCCUUAACUUUUUAGAUGACAGUUUGGAGGUUUUUUGUUUUGAGUUUUCUUUCUUUCAAUUCCCAAAGUGUAGAAAAAAGGAUGAUGUGGUUGAGGCGUCAUGAAGCCUUCGUCACUACAUUUGUGUAGCACAAUACUUUUGGGAUUGAGAUGGGAUUAUCGUUUUGUUUCGUUCUCCUUUGUGUAAAUGCUUGUAGUCUAAACUGUAGUACAUGUAUACACUCGGAUGUGUGUGCUUUCUCUGUACAGAUGUAAAUAAUUGGAAAAUGUUAAAAUGGUACCCUAAAAUUGGUUAUGAGAAAAUGUAUGGAAAAAAAAUAAUAAAUAAAUGUUAAUGAGAAAUUG